AUGAUUUUAUUAUACCAAAUGGUACAUUUAAUUUUAUUUGCCUCAGUUUCUGGUGGUAAGUUUACUUGCAUCCUGAAAGACAGCGUUACAGAAACGCUGCCUAGGGUAGACAAGACAGUAGCCAUUUCUGGACAUUCUUUCAAGCAAUGCCCACACCACAUACGUGCCUGUGACACAGAAGUUGAUGAGGGCCUGGGCAUGGAGGGCAUGAACUAUGAUAGGUCUGUCACCAAGAAUGCAGAGGAGUGCCAGGGCAGAUGCACAGAUGACGUCCACUGUCACUUUGUCACCUAG